ACUGGUGAUUUCUUCAUUUACUACAGUUAAGUUCCCCAGGUUAUUUCUCCAUUUACAUUGUGUUAGUCCCCAGUUUGAUUGUUUGCUAUGUGCCUUUGCUUACAGAUAUGUAAAGACUGUACCACUUGCUGCCAAGACGCUUGAUGUGAGACGCAGUCAGAAUCGUCUCCACCUCUUUCUGAUGAUGAUUUAUGGUGGGAGUUGCGGGCUUGGAGCUGAAAGAGGAGUGGGAGAUUAGAAAACCGGAAAGCAUUUGCCAACAUAUGGUCUGAUAUGGUGUUUGGGAUCUCGCUUUUUUGUUAUUUUGUAUGCCAAACAGAGUAUAGUAGCCUUGUUAAAAGUUUACAGGAUAUCAGACACGGGGAAAGCAUUUCUCAUUAUCCUUGUCACCGACAUUUUCUUGGGGUACCAAUUCUGAAUCUGGAGUGGGAGACAUUGUUAGAAUUAAUAAUGGAACAUUAUGGUCUUGCAGUUGAGCAAUCUACUAUAACAGAUUUACACCAUUUUAAACCAAGUCAAGUACAUAUAGAUUUACGCAUAGAUCAUCCAUGAUAUGCAAAAGCUAAUGAUAAAACAUACUACUAUACUAGGUAGCAGUUUGUUACUAAGCGUAGCAUAUUCACCAUUACUUCACUAGACUUCUUAAGAGAUGAUACUGUAGCUUUCUUUGCAUAAAAGGUGAUAUUCAUUGAUAUACACCUGUAGUUGCCUCAAUUUAGCAUGGCGGAUUUCAAGGGCCAGUUACAAGUUAAAACCUAUAAUAAGCAUCAUCUUUUAUGAUUUAAUUGUAUCAUUAGUAUACACCAUUUGCUAUGAUAAUAGUCAAAAUCUGAAGCAGACAAAUCCAAAAAGCACAAAAUAGUGUCAGGAAUUAAAAGCAUACUUGUAAUGGUGAAUACGCGUUAAAUUUGAUUUGAUCCGAUAUUUGCUUUCAUUCAAUCCAAAAAAUCCGAAUAUCCGUAAAGUUUCAGAGCAAAUCAAAUGUUAAAAAUCAAUAUUCGUUAAAAACAAAGCAAAUUACAAAAUAUUAAAAUUUUAAAAACCGGAUAUUUGCUCCGAUAACUAUAUAAAUACAUAUAUAUUGAUUAAAUAUAGAGUUGUCAAUGUAUGAGUUUAUAUAAUUUUUAUUUUAACGUAUGGUUUAAUAAAUUUUAUCACAUUAUUACUUAUAAAGUAUUAAAAUAAAAAAUAAAUUUUUAAUGAUAUUUAUAACUUUUUCUUAAGUUUGUCUUUCUUAUAAGGGUAAAUCUCCAAAAUAGCACAUUUCUAAGUUUAUAUCACAAAAAUAGCACUCAAAAACUAAAAUGACCAAAAUAGCAUUUUAUCUUUUGAAAAAUUUAAAUUUUUUUUAUUUUUCAAAAUUUGAAAUCUUAUCCCCAAAACCUCACUUUUCAACUCUAAAACCUAAACUCUAAACUCUAAACCCUAAAUUCUUAACCCUAAACCCCACCUCUUGAGUGCUAUUUUUGUGACUUUUGGCCUUGAGUGCUAGUUUGGGAACAAAAACUUGAUUUAGUGCUAUUUUGGUCUUUUUCUCUUCUUUUAUAACUAGUUUAAAAAUUUGCAAACAUAUAAUUUCACUGCUUCUUUUAUUUUUUAAUUUAUAUAUCAUGUAAAAUAUUGCAAAAAAAAACAAAUUUUAUUAUGUUUCUAGAUUAUUUGUAUUAACUAAAACGAAAUGAUAUAUCCAUAAGUAUUCGCAAAUAUCUGCAAAUAUUAACAUAAUUUUCUGGAUAUCCGUAUUUUUUUGGAGUAAACAAAUCAAAAAAAAUUAAUAUAUAUAUACGGAAUAAAUCAUAGAUACCUCUAAAAAUCAAGAUUAUCUGAUCCGUGUCCAGCCUACCUGUCCAAACAGAAAAUGACUCCUUUGUUUUCUACUGCACUUAAAACAAAAACUGAAACAAUAAAUUGUAAAGUGAAAACAUGACAAAAUAAGGAAAAAAUAGAGAGGAAUGUCUGACUUAUCUGACAGUCAGCAAUUCCAUGUGAGACCAUCAGUAGCAGCCUUUGACCGAAUCCUAGCCCUUCAAAGGCUUACGCAACAUUUUCGUUACAUAAACAGAAGUUUAAUUUUGACUAGGAAAAUAUAUAUUUUUAUUUAUUACGCCAUCAUAAUUAUCAAACCAUGCACGAUGUUCUGGAUAUUAUGCGUCAUCAAUACUAUUAAAAGGGAAGAAUUUUGAAAAAAUCUACCUAUGAAAGUUGUUUGGACCUAUUAUUUUUAAAUUUUUUUGGACUUACCCUGUAUAUUAUAACAAUAAUUGACAGUCCUUUUAUCCUAUAGACGCCCGAUUAUUACUCUAACUAUGCGAACUGUAUACAUUAUUAUUUAUACAUAACCACUAAAACCGAUUGCUAAACCACCAUACCCAAACAAAAUACAUUACAUGAACCAAAACCAAAGCACAACCUAUUAUAACUGUUACGUUAACGAAAUAUUUAUUUCCCUCACAUACUACCAUCGACUACAAAACACGUUACAUGUAAGAUACUACACUACAUAGAAGCUUUAUACAAGAUUUGGAUGUAAGAUUAUAUGAUUUAAACACUAAAUUUCAUUAGUGAAAUAAUCUUCAAGAUUAUAUGAUUCAAACACUAAAUUUCAUAAUUAUGAAAAGCAAAACAAAACCAAACCCGCGCUUUUAAGCGCGGGUCAAAAUCUAGUAACUAUUGUUAAAUCCUAAGAAUUAAAGAUUAAAAUGCAUUAGUUGACUAUGAUUCUAUAAAAACCUCUUGAUUGGUUUGAUAAAAGAGAACACAGCUCAUCUUCUUCUUUCAUCCGCCAAGAUCGGAUCCUAUCCAUCUCUCCUCCACCACCUUAUCUCAACAAGUUAACACAAUCCCACCAAACAAAUAACAAAAACAUUUUUUUAUUCUUUUCUUAGACAGAGAGGGAGAUUUUGGGGGCUUGUGUUCUUCUCCUUCUCUUCAUUGAAAGUUGUCUUUUAUUUUUAUAUUUCUUGUUGGAUUUUGUUUGGUUAGAUGGGUAAUGUGACAUCGAAUGUGGCGUCCAAGCUUGCCUUCUUCCCACCUGAGCCGGCUACAUACACCGUAACGAAUGAUGAAGAGACCGGGAACCUGGUCUUCUCAGGAGUCUCGCCUGACAUGAACAUGGAAGUCCAUCAGCUCAGCACAAAGCCAGGCAACAGAGUUGUGGCCACGUUCUGGAGACACCCUUUUGCUAGAUUCACGCUUCUCUAUUCUCAUGGCAAUGCAGCUGAUCUUGGCCAAAUGGUCGAGCUCUUCAUCGAGCUGCGUGCUCAUCUCCGCGUUAACAUCAUGAGUUAUGACUAUUCAGGGUAUGGAGCAUCAACAGGAAAGCCGUCUGAGUUCAACACAUAUCAUGACAUUGAGGCAGUGUACAAUUGCUUGAGAGGCGAUUACGGUAUCAAGCAAGAGGAGGUGAUUCUCUACGGACAGUCUGUAGGAAGUGGGCCAACGCUGCACAUGGCUUCAAGGCUGAAGAGGCUGAGAGGAGUUGUUCUUCACAGCGCCAUCCUCUCUGGCAUUAGAGUCCUGUAUCCUGUCAAAGUGACACUCUGGUUCGAUAUUUACAAAAACAUAGACAAGAUACGCCAUGUCAGCUCCCAAGUUCUUGUCAUACAUGGAACAAAUGAUGAGAUUGUGGAUUUGUCUCAUGGGAAGCGGUUGUGGGAGCUGGCCAAGGAGAAGUAUGAUCCGUUAUGGGUGAAAGGAGGAGGGCAUUGCAACCUCGAGACUUAUCCUGAGUACAUUCAGCACCUGCGCAAGUUCAUAAACGCAAUGGAGAAACUCUCUCUAACCAACCCACCAUCAAAACAACUAGCCAACGAGCCUAGUAUCUCUGAAACUAAACAUAACCGGUGCUUAAGAUUUCGGAAAAGGUAGGAUCGGUUAGUGGCAGAAUCAGAAGACAGUUGGUAGAUUCCUUCCUUUGCAUUCGCAUGUGCUUUCAACUCAGAACACUCAGAAGCUGCUCUAAUGGGAUCUCUUCAGAGUUCAGACUCAAAAACCUUGUGCAGAGUCAUUUCCUCAGUGUGAUAAAGAAACAAUGCUAAACACUGGCGAUCAUCUAGGGAUGUAUUUACUGUAGAAUGUAGCUCUCUGUUCUUGGAUAUUCUUGCAAAAACAUGUAUUGUAACACUAAGUUUGGGGGAUUGUAAAACAUCAUUGCUUGUGGGAAGGAGGUAACAGAGAAAAGAUGUAAUCAGCAUGUUCCUCAAGCUUAUCCACUGUUCCUAAGCGAAACAAAUAAGUACAGCACAUGAGUUUACUUUCACAAAAACCUCCCAAAAUCUUUAAACAUAAAAUACAGAACCAACUUAGUGGCAGUGAAAUGGACAAUUAUAAUUAUGCAUAUAAAGAGAGUCAAUACAAGGCCAAGCCUGUCUUUAGCUACAAUCUGAUCCAGAAGCAAACCAAAAAAAAAA